ACGCUCCGUUGUUAGCAACAGAGGAGGUAACCCUCAACCUAUGACUACUUCAUUACUACACAAGAUAGUAAAACUCGGGAUCAACAUUUGGUAUCAGUAUUUCAUAGACAAAGAGCAUUUGGACAAACAGGUAAGUUUUUUUUUUUUAAUGUUAGUUUACAUUUUAAAUUUUGUAAAUAUAGCAUGUAAUUAAUUGUCAUUGGUGUAGUGUCCUAUUUAAAAAAUUAUAUUUUUUAAAACACAAAUAUUGCAUUAUAAUCAAGACAUACCAUAAAUAAUCCUUUCAUUAUGAUUACAUUGCAUUAGUUGAUUUUCUUAAAUAAUUUGUUUUCCCUUUAUCAUUAUAACAUCGAAUGUCUUACCAAUUUAAAUUGGGACAUAAAUAUUUAUUUGUGUAAUAGGCCUGAGCUGGGUGAAGUUAUUUGUUUUGUUUUUUUUGUGUGGUCCUGGUACAGGGUUAGGUUUGUUUGCGACUAUACUCAUCGGGUCUGUGUCCUGUUGUUGGUAUUCUAUUCAAGAAAUAUCUAUAAAAAUAAAAAAAAACUAUUUAAGGGUCAUCCAAAUAUUGCGUAUGCAGAAACCCCCCCCCAUCCUCUUUUUUGCACGCGUAUUUUUUUAAAGCCGGCUUAUUAGCGUACAUGUCAAUAAGUCUUCAGCACAAAGCAUAACAUUUAUAAAAGCAAUAAAGAUACAAUUCAAGGAAAUUCAAUUUAUGCAUAGACAAUUAUUACUUAGCAGUAGGUGAGUUAACAUUGUAAAAAUGAAAUUCUUAGUCGUUUUCACCUUCAAACCUUUGUGAAACGACACGAGAUGUGAUGUGGUCUGCUGCUAACCAGUAACUACAUGAGAAAUUUCUGCUUGCAAAUGGCGUUUGGUAGCCGAAACAAGUGUUGUAUUUAUUUUUUAUGCUACCCUUAAUCACCCAAAUGUAUGACCAAUGCCGAAGUGUAAUUGAGAGAAAUUGAUAUAGUUCUCCUUUGGGAAAACAAAUAUAGCCUUGAAGGCGUCGAGAAUCAAAUACUUGUAGAAACCAUUGGAGUAGUCCUACAUACAUAGGAGCAAGAAUGAUAAAUACAUUGAACAUGAUUCCUUAUUACAGGCCUGCACGACCCACGGGCCGCGGGCCGAUUAGGCUGAUUAUUGAGUACUCUGACUUUAAUUAUUUUGUGGAUAUUUUGUCUAGAUUAUCUUGGGUGAUAAUUGAUUUUUUUUUUCUUCACAGGUGGAAAAUGCCUUUGUUGAGAGACAUAGAUCUCCUGAUGAUCGGGAAGACCGGAAAUGGAAAAAGUGCGCUUGGGAACACGAUCUUAAAUAGGAAGGCGUUCGUCAGCAAAAGUUCUCAAAAUUCCGUCACCACAAAGGUUGACUACGAAGUCAGUGAGUUUGACAACCGCGUCAUCAAAGUUGUGGACGGACCAGGUGUAGGAGACACACGCAUUGACAAUGAGCAGUCAGUGAAUCUUGUGAUGAGGGCCAUGGAGUUCGCCAUUUCAGCCAAUCCCCGAGGGUAUCAUGCUUUCCUCCUGGUGACCAAAUUCGGUGGAAGGUUUACUGCAGAAGACCAGGACACGAUAACAUUCCUAAAGCGAAUUUUCGGAGAAAAUUUUGUUAAAAAUUUUUGUAUUUUAGUUCUAACUUGUGGCGACUGUUUCGACAGUGAAGAAAACGGCUUAACAUUUGAAGAGUGGUGCAAUGAACAAACUGGAGUGUUUAAGGAACUGCUUGAAGAAUGUUGCCAUAGAGUUAUGUUAUUUGACAACAGGACGAAAGAUGAAGCCAAGAAGAAUAAGCAACUGAAAGAUCUCAUUGAAAUGGUGGACAACCUACGAUGGAGGGAUCUUCGUUACACAGAUGAAAAUUUCCAGAAAGCCAGGGAAGCACGCGAGAAGUUGAUGGUGGAAGCCAAGGAGCCGAUGGUGCGUGAGGAAACAAUGACUGAAAUCAGUUUAAUAAUACAGAAACUUCAAUGGACACAGGUCAAUGUGGAGCCAGAAGAUAGGCGUUCCCAUCUAGUUGACCUUCAGGACAGGGCUACCGAAUUGCAUGAGAACGUUUUGGAACAAGACCAGGGAACUGGGGCUCUCAAGGAUAUACUGCACACAACCAACUCCAUCCAAGUCACUAUUGCAGACGAAAUUAAAAUUUUACAACGAAUUAUCGAAGAGAGAGCAAAGAUGGAUCAUAAGAGAGAGAAUCUUAAGCAGGAAUUUCAGGACAAAUUAGAAGAGGAACGCAAGCGACAACAAAAAGAGAUAGACGCACUUUAUAGCCAAUUUAAGACAGUUAAGGAGAGUAAAGAUGGGGGCAUCUUUAGCUCUCUUGUUAAAAUCGUCAAGUGGCCAUUUAAGAGCAUUUUUGGUUAAAGACAAUUAGUCGUUUUCAUAGCGUAUUUUAUAUGUACAAAAAUUUCGUUUAUCUAAGCUAUUUUUAUUUCAACGUGUACACUCUAAUUUAUCUUUUUAACUUUUCGGGUUUAAUAUUCAUAUAAUUCAUGAUACUUCUUGUUCAUUCAUCUCUUUUUUCAUUAUUUUUUUUUUGGAAAGCAUUUUUAAAUCGCUUGUUUAAAUGUUUUGAAAGAUCAUGGAGAAAAUUCUGUAAGUUUUUAAAAGAGAAAUAAAAACAAAUGGAAAUUAAUUUUGAUAGUGUGUAAAAUUUCUUAAGCUUAAAUAUAAAUAUUUCCCACUAUCAAUAUGAUAAUGCUUUUAUAAUGCUAAAAGAUAAUUCAAUCAAGUGAUGUUUAGUCUUUCUUCAGGGGGAUGUAAUUGAAAUGAUUUUGUAACACGCAGUGUGGAAACAGAUUUUAAUGAAUUUCAAUCCAAUCUGUCAUAAUGUAUAUUUUAAUUAGAAGAAUGAUGACAUAGAGUUGAUACUAAACUAUAUUGGUGAAUUUAAGCUGGCAGAAGUUUUUUCUUAGACAUAAAUGAAUUUGAACGAGAAAUAUUGUGUGCAUUUUUUAUAAUUAGAAAUUUUAUUAAUAAUCUUCUUUCAAAUUUUAAAAUCACCAUUUUUUUUUUUUAGCCUUCUACUUAAAAAAUGACUAUAACGGAAUUGCCCGAUCAUUAGUCUCGAAUGUGUAAUCUUGUAAAAAUUUUCCUUCACUCUGCUUUCGUAAUGUGUUACUGUAUUUUUGUUUUAAAUUGUACUGACGUAUAUAAAAAUAAAUUUCAUAAUCAACCUACAUUAGCUGCUUUCAUUUCUUUAUUCGAAAUGAUUUAUUAUUUCGUACAUCAAAAUAAAAUUGUCAAAAAUCUAUUUUAUCGAACAGUUUUACACC